AUGGUGCCACCUCCCAUGGUGGCAUCUCCCAUGGCUUUGGCAUCUCUCAUGGUGCCACCUCCCGUGGCUUUGUCACCUCCCAUGAUGGCACCACCUCCCAUGGUGACACCUCCCAUGGUGCCACCUCCCGCGGCGUUGUCACCUCCCGUGAUGGCACCACCUCACACGGUUGCCAUCUCCCAUGGUGACACCUCCCAUGAUGAUGACACCUCCCAUGGUGGUGCCACCUCCCAUGGCUUUGUCACCUCCCAUGAUGGUGCCACCUCCCAGAAUGACAUCUCCAUGGUGCCACCUCCCAUGGUGGUGCCACCUCCCAUGGUGGCAUCUCCCAUGGCUUUGGCAUCUCUCAUGGUGACAUCUGCCAUGGCUUUGUCACCUCCUGCGAUGGUGCCACCUGCCCAUGGUGGCAUCUCCCAUGGUUUUGGCAUCUCUCAUGGUGGCAUCUCCCAUGGCUUUGUCACCUCCCGUGGGUGGUGGCCACCUCCCGCGGCGUUGUCACCCCUCCCACCGGCGUUGCCGCGCCGCGUCCCCUCCUUCUCCCGCCGCCCCUCCGGCCGCGCCCGCGUCCCCGCGCUCCUCCUCCUCCUCCUCCUCCUCCUCCUCCGCUGUCCCCCGCUCUCGGUGGCCGCCACCUUCCGCGUGGGCGUCCUGGGCCCCUGGGGCUGCGACCCCCUGCUGGCGCGGGCGCUGCCGGACGUGGCCUCCAGCCUGGCGGUGGCGCGGCUCAACCGCGACCCGGCGCUGGCCGCCGGCUACUGGUGGGACGCCGUGGUGCUGCCCGAGGCCUGCGCCGCGCCCCAGGCCGUGGCCGGCGUGGUCGGCGCCGAGCGCCGCGCCGCGCCAAUCGUGGGCCCGCUGAACCCCGCGGCCUGCGGCGCCGCCGGGCUGCUGGCCGCCGCCUGGAACAAGCCCCUGGUGUCCUGGGCGUGCGGCGCGGCCGGAGCGGUCACUCUGGUCAAGCCGCUGCCCGCCCCGGCCGGCGUGCUGCACGCCGUGCUGCGGUACUUCCGCUGGGCGCACGUGGCCGUGGUGGCCGCGCCGCAGGACCUGUGGGUGGACACCGGGCAGGAGCUGGCCGCCGAGCUGAGGGCCCGGGGGCUGCCGGUCACCGUGGUGGCCGUGGCCGGAGAGGACGAGGAGGAGGCCGAGGAGGCGCUGAGGAGGGUGCAGAGGGCGGACGGGGUGCGAGUGGUGGUCAUGUGCAUGCACUCCGUGCUCCUGGGCGGGGCGGAGCAGAAGGUUCUCCUGGAGAAGGCCGAGGACCUGGGCAUGACGGACGGGACCUUCGUCUUCAUCCCGUACGACGCGCUGACCUUCGCGCUGCCCUACCGCCGCGUGCCCUACCCGGUGCUGGCCAACAACACCAAGCUGCGCCUGGCCUACGACGCCGUGCUCACCAUCACCAUCGACUCGCCCGACGCCUCCUUCCACGAGGCCCUGGAGGAGGCCAAGAAGGCCUACGAGGUCCCCGCGAACCUCGACCCCGCAGAGGUCCACCCGCUCUUCUCCACCAUCUACAACUCCAUCUACUUCCUGGCCACGGCGGUGGAGGCCACGCGCCGCAGCGGCCGCUGGGUGAUGGGCACCAGCGUGGCCGACCACGCCCGCGACUUCCAGCUCCGGGGCUUCUGCCAGACCUUCACCGUGGACGAGGACGGCGACGUCUCGGUGCCCUACGUGGUGCUGGACACAGACGGCAAGGGCCACCACCUGUGGGCGGUCUACGGGCUGGAGCCGGGCACGCGCGGCCUCAGCUACCGCAGCCACAGCCCCCACUGGCCGCACAGCGCCAGCCCGGCCACCGACGCCGGCUGCUGGUUCGACUCCGGCGCCAUCUGCAACGGCGGGAUGGACGCCGGCUUCGUCUUCUUCCUCUUCCUCCUCAUCGCCGCCCUCAUCGCGCGCGGCGCCGCCCUCGCCUGCCACAUCAGGCGCCGCCUCCAGCAGGCGCAGCUCAUGAAGGGCCCCAACAAAAUCAUCCUGACCAUGGAGGACCUGACCUUCAUCAACACCCGGAGCAGCAAACAGGUGGACAGCAGCCAGGCCAGCCUGGCCGGCCAGAGCGGGGGGGACGCGCGGAGCGUCCGCAGCGCCGCCCCCGGCCCCGACACCACCAACGUGGCCGUGGCCGAGGUGAGAGAGACCCCCCCGAAGGGCAGCAGCAACCUGCCCCUGCUGCUGCUCUUGUUUAACCAGCAGGGCCUUGUCGCCUCCGUGCAGGGCGACUGGGUGUGGCUGAAGAAGUUCCCGGGGGAGCAGCACACGGAGGUGAAAGCGGCCACCAAGCUGGCCUUCUGCAAGCUGCGGGACCUGCGGCACGAGAACGUGAACCUGUUCCUGGGCUUCUUCCACGACUGCGGCAUCUUCGCCAUCGUGUCGGAGCACUGCUCGCGCGGCAGCCUCGAGGACCUGCUGCGCAACGAGGACAUGAAGCUCGACUGGAUGUUCAAGUCCUCCCUCCUCAUCGACCUCAUCAAGGGCGUGCGGUACCUGCACCACCGCGACGUCGUGCACGGGCGCCUCAAGUCGCGCAACUGCGUGGUGGACGGGCGCUUCGUGCUCAAGGUCACCGACCACGGCUACAACCAACUGCUGGAGGCGCAGCGCGUCCCGGCCCCGCCCCCGCAGCCCCACGAGCGGCUGUGGACGGCGCCGGAGCUGCUGCGGGACGAGGCCCUGGAGCGGCGCGGCUCCUUCCGGGGGGACGUCUACGGCAUCGGCAUCAUCAUGCAGGAGGUGAUCUGCAGGAGCCCCCCGUACUGCAUGCUGGGGCUGCCCCCCGAAGAGAUCAUCGAGAAGGUGCAGCGCCCGCCCCCCCUGUGCCGCCCCACGGUCUCGGCCGACCAGGCCCCGCUCGAGUGCAUCCACCUGAUGAAGGAGUGCUGGAGCGAGCAGCCCGAGAAGAGACCCACCAUCGACCAGGUGUUCGACCAGUUCAAGGGCAUCAACAAGGGCCGCAAGACCAACAUCAUCGACUCGAUGCUGCGCAUGCUGGAGCAGUACAGCAGCAACCUGGAGGACCUGAUCCGCGAGAGGACCGAGGAGCUGGAGAUCGAGAAGCAGAAGACCGACAAGCUCCUGACCCAGAUGCUGCCGCCGUCGGUGGCCGAGGCGCUGAAGAUGGGGACGCCGGUGGAGCCCGAGUACUUCGAGGAGGUGACGCUGUACUUCAGCGACAUCGUGGGCUUCACCACCAUCUCGGCCAUGAGCGAGCCCAUCGAGGUGGUGGACCUCCUCAACGACCUCUACACCCUCUUCGACGCCAUCAUCGGCUCCCACGACGUCUACAAGGUGGAGACCAUCGGCGACGCCUACAUGGUGGCCUCGGGGCUGCCCAAGCGCAACGGCAACCGGCACGCCGGCGAGAUCGCCAACAUGUCCCUGGACAUCCUCAGCUCCGUCGGCACCUUCAAGAUGCGCCACAUGCCCGAGGUGCCCGUGCGCAUCCGCAUCGGGCUGCACUCGGGGCCGUGCGUGGCGGGCGUGGUGGGGCUGACGAUGCCGCGGUACUGCCUGUUCGGGGACACCGUCAACACGGCCUCGCGCAUGGAGUCCACCGGCCUGCCCUAUCGCAUCCACGUGAACCAGCGCACGGUCGCCAUCCUGCUCUCGCUGCAGGAGGGAUUCAAGGUCGACAUCCGCGGCAAGACCGAGCUCAAGGGUAAAGGUGUGGAGGACACCUAUUGGCUCGUGGGCCGCGAGGGAUUCACCAAACCCAUCCCCACCCCCCCCGACCUCCUGCCGGGGGCGAGCAACCACGGGAUCAGCCUGGACGAGAUCCCGGCCGAGCGGCGCCGGAAGCUGGAGAAGGCGCGGCCGGGGCAGGUGCUGAAAUAG